AUGCGACCCAGUGUACUUCACCGUCAAAAUCGACCAUGGCAUAAUUUAGUCGCUCCAUUGAAACCUUUGACGAAAUAUAGCUGGAGCUACAUCUAUUGGUUUCCGACUGUGUUCGUAGUCUCAUAUUAUUUCUACAAUUUAAAGAUUGUUUCUGGGCGUAGUAUGCAGCCUACGCUAAACCCUGACUCUUCUUUGUGGAGGGAUGUCGGUCUUUUCAAUCGAUAUGCAAUUCAUACCAAGCUAGAAUUCAAAAGAGGUGACAUCGUUGCUCUCCGGUCUCCAGAAGAUCCUACUCGCGUGCUCGUGAAGAGAAUUGUUGCGCUUGCAGGAGACCGUGUCACAACUCUGCCACCAUAUCCCGAUCCGGUGAUUCUUGUACCCCAAGGAAAGGCUUGGAUUGAAGGUGAUGAGCCUUUUCACAGCGAUGACAGCAAUCGAUUCGGUCCUGUGCCUUUGUCCCUUAUUGAAUCACGACUGGUUGCUGUGGUCUGGCCACCAUCCCGCUUCGGUCAUUUAUAUCGGCCGACAUCAGUUGACCAGGAUACCUCAACUCCACACAAGCACUCUGCCUAUCGUCUUGCUAUGGCUGAGUUAGAAAGGCAAAGAUGGCGAAACAACCGAGUCACUGUUGUACCACGCAGCUCCCCUUAG